AUGGAGGACAGGAUACCUUGUCUCCGCCUUGGGAGUCUCUUCGUGUCGUUCUUGUCGCUCCUUUCGCUUGGUGGGACUGUCCUCGGCGACGAGCAAGUCCCACUCACACAGUCCUCCAGCAACGACACGCUGCUAUGGGGACCAUACCGACCGAACCUCUACUUCGGUGUACGGCCGCGCCUACCGAACAGUAUACUUGCCGGACUGGCAUGGGCGAAUGCAGAUACAUUCGAUGCAGUCUCGUACGGUCUCCGACAUACUUGCGAGCAGGGAGAAGACAUGCAGGGCUACGGCUGGGACGAAUACGACGCUAGAACAGGAAACAAGAUUGACCUCACCAUCGACUUUGUCAAGGCGCCGGGACCCAGUGGUGGCAGCUGGGCUGCACGAGUGCAGGGCAAGCCGAUGAAGGACGCCUCGAAGAACAUCGUGACAACACUUUUCUUUCAUGUUGGCUUAGAAGGACUCGGAGACCUUGCGGUGGACCCGAAGACGGAUCGCAAGGGGACUGUCAUCCUCACGGGGCAAGCGGACAAGCUGGGAGACUUUACGAUCGAGGUGACUGCAGGCAAGAACAACAAGCUGCCGCAUAAGGUUCAUCCUUCGUGGGACGAGAAGCCACUGGAUCGCACCUUGAUCACGAGUUUACAGGUACCGCCAGAGCACCUGUGGGCAGUCAAGAACAUCAUCAUCGCCGACGUCAAGCCGAACAUUGACAGGUACGCAAAGGAGUACGGUACAGAGAAUAUCCCGCCUCCAUGGGCUGCCUUUACUAUUUCUGAUGAACCGAGACCGGGCAACUUUCACAUCAUACAGAAGGUGCUUGUGGGCGCCUUUGACUUUGAUAUCUUCUACAACUCCGGAGCUGGACCUCACUUGACCUCUGAAGAUCUUGACAAGCACAUUGCCGCGAAUUCGAAGAGUUUCAAGACGAAAUUUGACGCCGUGCUUAAGCCUUCAGCUCCAUUCACAAAAGCAGAAUACACAGGCUUUUCGCAAUCGUUGUUUUCCAAUCUCCUCGGUGGAGUUGGGUACUUCUAUGGUGACUCCCUGGUGGAUCGCUCAUACGCUCCAGAGUACGACGAAGACGAUGAAGGGUUCUGGGAACAGACUGCAGAAGCACGUGCUCGGGCUCAAGUCCAGCAAGAUCCAGCCAGAGAGCUGUUCACUGCUGUGCCGUCGCGACCGUUCUUUCCGCGAGGCUUCUUAUGGGACGAGGGGUUUCACCUGGUCCCGAUCGUUGAGUGGGAUCUUGAUCUGACGCUUGACAUCCUGUCAUCAUGGUUCAAUCUCAUGGACUCCGAUGGCUGGAUUGCAAGAGAACAGAUCCUUGGCGCCGAAGCACGAAGCAAAGUGCCGCAGGAGUUCCAGGUCCAGUACCCUCAUUACGCUAAUCCGCCCACACUCUUCCUGAUCAUUGAAACGCUUGUCGCAAAGCUCAAGUCCGGAAAGCUGUCAGCAGCACAAGCUGCUGCGGUUCGUGAACAUCUCACCGCCAUCUACCCUCUCUUGAAGCGUCAGUACACCUGGUUCCGUCGCACGCAAUUCGGCGACGUCAAGUCCUACGACCGCGAUGCACCCUCCACAAAAGAAGCCUACCGCUGGCGCGGCCGUAGCGUGCAGCACAUUCUCACGUCCGGCCUGGACGAUUACCCACGCCCCCAACCACCUCACCCUGGUGAGCUCCACGUCGACCUCUUCUCAUGGGUCGGCCUUAUGCAGCGCGCUCUUAUCUCAACCUCCACGCUCCUCUCCGAGACCGACGACACAGCCACCUUUACAUCUCACCACAACGCUCUAUUAAAGAACCUUGAUGUGCUGCACUGGUCCGACAAGGACGCCGCAUAUUGUGACGCUAGCAUCGACGACUACGACGAGUCAUACCACGUAUGCCAUAAGGGGUACAUCUCGCUAUUCCCAUUCAUGACUGGCCUCGUCGGCCCCACGAACCCCAACCUCCCCGCCGUACUAGACCUCAUCGCCGAUCCCGAACACCUGUGGUCCCCGUACGGCAUCCGCUCCCUCUCCAAGCAAGACCCGCAUUACGGGACUGAGGAGAAUUACUGGCGCAGUCCGAUCUGGGUGCCGAUGAACUACCUCAUCAUUAAGCAGCUCCGAGCUGUCGCCGUCAGUGCCGAGGGCUCGAAAGAGGUCAAGGUUAAAGCAGCUAAGAUCUACAAUGAGUUGAGGGAGAAUCUGGUGAAGAAUGUAUACCAACAGUGGAAGGAGACGGGUUUCGCGUGGGAGCAGUAUAAUCCGGAGACAGGCAAAGGUCAACGGACGCAGCAUUUCACGGGCUGGACAAGUCUGGUCGUGAGUAUCAUGGCGAUGGAGAGGGUUGAGGUCAAGGGUGGGGUGGUGGUGCAUGGCGAGCUUUAA